UGAUAUUUUAUUUAUCUUUCAAAAUAUUAGUGAUUUAUUUCAGUAUAAAUGUAUAAUUAAAGCCUUACCAUAUAUAAGUGUACAAUUUCCUCUAUAAAUAUUGGUGCUUCAAUCUUACUUGUCACACCAAAACAUUUUAAAACCUCAAUUCUUUAUUUACUCUAUCAAAUCCAUCUUAAAGUUUAUAAAUAUAUUUUUGAUUUGUUUGGAAUGGCUCACAGAAGUGGUAGUGCAAAGCUAGGUUUGUUGCUUGGAGUUGGCAUAUUGUGCCUCCUUGCUAUUACCAAGCCAAUCCUUGCCACCGAGUACACGGUAGGUGAUGCUGCUGGGUGGUCUUUUAAUGUGGAAAAUUGGCCUAAUGGCAAGUCUUUCAAAGCUGGUGAUGUCUUAGCAUUUAAUUAUGACAAAGCACAACACAAUGUGGCAGUCGUAAGCAAAGAAGGAUACCAUAGUUGCAAAGCAUCAAGUGGAUCAAAAGUUUACAAAAGUGGACAUGACCAAAUCACAUUGGUCAAAGGUCAAAGCUACUACAUUUGUACUUUCCCUGGCCAUUGUGAUAGAGGCAUGAAGAUUGCGAUUAAUGCAACAUAA